UGAAGAGGAACUGAAUAUUGGAUAUUACCAGGAUUUAUUACUGUACAACAACUUGAUAAACAUUCAUUUUAAUAAAACACAAUGGCUGAACAGACAGAUCAUGAAGUAUGCAGUAUUUGUUUAAAUGACUUUCAGGAACCUAAAAUUAUUGACUGUCAACAUUCUUUCUGUUACAACUGUCUAGAGGAUUACGUUCACAAAACCUCAGCUAAUGGUCAGUUUCCUUGCCCACUGUGCCGUCAGAAUAUUAUUGUUCCUUUAGGUGGUAUGAAUGAAUUUUCAUCUAAGCAGCAAAUGGAGAAUGCCUCAACUCUACACAUUCAACAAUGUGACGUGUGUUUAAAUAUUCAAGCCACAUGUCGAUGUCGCGAUUGUCAACAACAUUUAUGUGAAUCGUGUAAAUCAACACAUGAUAAGUUUGAUGGUUGUAAAGGACACAUCGUUGUCAAGAUAGAUGGAAUUUCCGAACAAGGAUUAAAGGAAAUUACCUUUGAGAAACCAGUUUCUGAUGUGAAAGAAGAUAUACCUGAGAAUUCAAGAGGCACGCCCGUACACCCUGUAGAUUUCUGUCCAAAGCAUCCGAGAAAGAAAACAAAAACCUAUUGUAAAGAUUGUUUGGUGGCGAUCUGCCUUCAAUGCUUUCUCAAAGAUCACAACGGACACACGUUUCUGGAUCUACAAGAGGACGAUGUGCGCGAACAAAUCAGAGACGAACUAAAAACAUUAACAGUAGAAAUAGAAGAACAUAUCAACAAACUUCAAAAUCAUUUAACAUCUUUACAAAGUAAAUCAUCUGAAGUGGAAAAAACGGCCAAAACAGCCCGUAGGAAUGUUGAUACGCAUGUCAGAAAAAUUUGUGCUAAAAUUCACGAAAUUGGAGAAAACAUAAAAGACGAAAUCCAAAAAACCUGCAACGAUGAAAAUGAAAAAUUCACAAAGCUGAUGACAGACAUUAAAGGUUUAACUGAAGAUUUGCAAUCUGGUGUCAAACUUUCCACCAGUAUUCUAGAAGAUACCUCAAUUGUUCAAGUUUUGGAGAGAUUGCCAAAUGUGCGCCAGGAAGCAGACGAAUGCCGUUCCAGAAAGUUUAAUAUCCCAGAUGUCAUGUAUCCAUCAUUUAAAGGAGGGGACAUGAAUGAGCCAGUUCUACGAGAACAACUCGGUGAAGUAGAUAUACACCAUGAAACAAGAUUUAUUACAACAUUUAAUAUAAAUCAGUUAGAACCUGGUAAUGAUUUAUAUAGUUCUGUUACAACAUUUCACGGUUUACCGUGGUUUGUCUCUGCAGAGAAAAUGUUGCCUGGCAAAUCAAUAAAACACGAAAUGUUGAGUCUUUUUCUAUGUUUGAACGAAACAGUUCGACGUUCCGAUAUUUUAUCGUGUAAAGUUGAUUUCUCCCUGGAACUGAUCAACCAUAAAGAUGAAAAUAAAUCGGAGACAAGGCAGCUUACAUGUAGUUUAAAAAUGUUUUAGGAUAACGAAGGGUGGGGCUUGCCCAAUUUUAUUACGUGGGACAUAUUAACAAACCAAGACAAUGGUUUUCUAGAUUCCAACAACAACUUCAACAUAGAAGUUAUAUUGAAACUAAUGGAUAUUAAAAGAGUAAAACCCCGUCGUAGAAAUAAACACUAUCGUUAUCGCUAUCAUCACUACAACUGAUCUAUAUUUAUUCAGUUAUCGCUACAACUAAUCUUUAGUAAUUUAACUUAUCUAUAUUUAGUAACGCAGCACUACGCCUGUCCUAUAUUUAGUAUCUUAUCACUAUAACUGAUUUAUAGUUAGUAAUUCAUCAUU